AGUCCGAUACUCCACAAACCACCAUGGGAAUGUUAAAAAUAAUAUCUAGAGGAGUGCUAAUAUGGAUGACACUGUCAAUUGGGCUUGCUGCAACACAAACCGUGGUUCUCACAGCGAUGAACAUCCAUCCAGCCUCUACAACACAAAUGUUUUCAGGAUUGAGUUCACAACACAAUGAGCUGGUUUGUAGCACUUGGGGUAACUACCAUUUCAAGACCUUUGAUGGGGACUACUUCCAACUCCCAACUGCCUGUAACUACAUUCUGACCUCAGAUUGUCGGAACAGCUAUGAAGAUUUCAACAUCCAGUUGAGACAUCGGGUAGUGAACAAUGAACCAACGAUCAGCAAGAUCACUAUGAAACUAGAGGGGGCAGUAAUAGAGCUCACCAAAGGCUCUGUUACUGUUGGUGGCCAAAUUGUGACACUUCCAUUUAGCAGUCCUGGAGUUUUCAUUGAGAAAAUGACUUCUUACAUCUCUGUCAAAGCUGUUUUGGGGCUAGUCGCCAUGUGGAAUGAAGACGAUGCUUUCAUGGUCAAGUUAGAUGAAAAGUACAGAAACCAAACGUGUGGACUGUGUGGUGACUUCAAUGGAAUCCAAUUGUACAAUGAAUUCAUCAGUGAUGGAGCUAUGCUGUCUGUUUCUGAGUUCGGAAACCUCUGGAAGAUGGAUGGUCCAACAGAAGUCUGUGAGGAAGACAGUACAUCUCUUGAUGAAAACUGUGGAGAUGAGAAUUUUUGUCAUGAUAUCUUCUCCAGUCCGGUGUUCAGUGAUUGCAGAAGUCUGGUUUCGAUUGAUUCCUUUGUCAAAGUUUGUAUGAAAGACCUGUGCCAUUGCAACAACUCUGGAUCUUUCUGCUUGUGCAAGUCCAUUGGCGAGUACUCUAGACAGUGUAUACAUGCAGGUGGCAGGCCGGCAGACUGGAGAACAGAAUAUUUUUGUCCAAAUCCGUGUCCAGGAAGCAUGGUGUACCACGAGUGUGGAAAUCCCUGUACUGACACUUGUACAAACCCUGAAAGAGGACAAGUGUGUGAGCACCACUGCAUUGAUGGAUGCUUCUGCCCUCCUGGCACUGUUUUUGAUGAUAUCAACAACACUGGCUGUAUACCCAUUAAUCAAUGCUCCUGCACCCUUGAUGGUAAAACAUACGCCCCUGGGGAGAAUUACACCAGUACCUGCAGAGAAUGUACCUGUGCACAGGGGCAGUGGAACUGUAAUGAAAAGGAUUGUCCUCAUACAUGCUCAGUGGAGGGUGGAUCCCAUAUUAGAACAUUUGAUGGAAAAGCCUACACUUUUCAUGGGGACUGCACUUAUGUCCUCUCCAAACAAUGCACAGGCACAGAUUUCACAGUUCAAGGAGACCUGGUGAAAUGUGGUGUGACUGAAACUGAGACCUGUUUGAAGACAAUAGCAUUGGCAUUGAUUGACGGAACUAUUGUGAUCAAAGUGGAUUCAAGUGGAAAUGUUGAAUAUAACAGAAUAAUUACCCAGCUGCCCCUUUUAACAGCUGAUGUGAGCAUUUUCAAGCCCUCGUCAUUCUACAUUAUCAUCCAUGCCCACUGGAUUGGGCUUCGUCUAGAGAUCCAGCUUGUGCCCAUAAUGCAACUCUACAUGACAGUCGAUUCAGUGUACCAAGGAGAAACAUGUGGUCUUUGUGGCAAUUUCAACAACAUUGAGACUGAUGACUUUACAACCAUUGGUGGACUGAGGGAAGGAACAGCGGUGGACUUUGCCAACACCUGGAGGACGAGAGCAAGUUGCCCUGAAAUUAGAAGAAGCUUUGAGCAUCCUUGCAGUCUGAGCAUUGAAAAUGAGAAAUAUGCACAGCACUGGUGUUCCCUGCUGUCAGACCCCUCAGGAGUGUUCGCCCCCUGUCACUCUGAAAUCAACCCUGAUGUUUACAAAGCAGACUGUAUAUAUGACAGCUGUAACUGUGAGAAGAGUGAAGACUGCAUGUGUGCUGCAUUGUCCUCAUAUGUACAUGCAUGUGCUGCGAGAGGGAUUCUUCUUGAUGGAUGGAGAAAUUUUGCCUGCAGCAAAUACAUGCUAACUUGCCCCAGCACCACUGUCUACUCUUAUCAAAUGACCAGCUGUGACCGCACCUGCCGAUCCCUCGGCCAAUCAGACAACACCUGCGAUAUUGACUUUGUGCCAGUGGAUGGCUGUGGCUGUGCAGAGGGAACAUACAUGAAUGAGAAUGGCAAUUGUAUUGAUUCUACCAGCUGCUCAUGUUACGAUUCAGGCAAAAUUAUUCCUGCUGGAGACAUCAUCACCAAAGAUGGAGGAUCAUGCAUUUGCAAGCAAGGGAAAAUGACCUGCACUGGUGGAUCCAAUGGGGAAGGUGUGUGCCAUGUGUGUGUGUGUGUGUCGCCAAUGAUGUUUUUCAACUGCUCCAGCGCUAGUCCUGGUUCCACAGGAUCAGAGUGUCAGAAGAGCUGCAACACAUUAGACAUGGCCUGUGUCAGCACAGAGUGUGUGUCUGGCUGUGUGUGUCCCUCUGGACUGGUAUCAGAUGGGAACGGUGGUUGUAUAACUGAAGACCUGUGUCCAUGCAUCCACAAUGGAGUUGCUUACCAGCCUGGGGAAACCCUUACAGCUGACUGUAAUACAUGCACUUGUAACGCUAGAAGAUGGCAGUGUACCACAAAUCAAUGCAGUGGGACAUGCAGCAUAUAUGGAGAUGGCCAUUACAGAACCUUUGAUGAGAAAAGAUUUGUCUUUAGUGGAAACUGUGAAUACAGCCUUGUUCAGGACUUCUGCAACAGCACCAGUGGCACUUUUAGAGUCAUCACUGAAAAUAUUCCUUGUGGAUCCGCUGGCACCACUUGUUCCAAAUCUAUCAAGCUAUUUCUAGGAAACAACGAGCUUAGAUUGACAGAUGGAACCUUUCAAGUUGUUCAAAGAGAUGCAGGAGAAGACAUUCCCUACCAGAUACGUACCAUUGGGCUUUACUUGGUGAUUGAAGCUAAUAAUGGACUGAUGCUUUUAUGGGACAGAAAAACAACUAUACACAUCAAGCUGAGUCCAGAGUAUAGUGGCCGAGUGUGUGGUCUGUGUGGAAACUAUGAUGGGAAUGCAAACAAUGACUUCACUACCCGCAGUCAAGCAGUUGCUGUUGAAGCCCUGCAUUUCGGAAAUAGCUGGAAGUUCUCCAGUUGUCCAGAUGCAACCACCAUCCAAGAGCCAUGUGUCCAUAAUCCCUACAGGGAGGCCUGGGCCCAGAGGCAGUGCAGCAUCCUCACUAGCAAUGUCUUUUCAACCUGCCAUUCACAGGUGGAUCCCACUCCUUUCUAUGAAGCCUGUGUGAGAGACUCAUGUGCCUGUGAUAGUGGUGGAGAUUAUGAAUGUUUUUGCACUGCUGUAUCAGCCUAUGCACAAGCCUGUAAUGAAGCUGGAGCUUGUGUUACCUGGAGAACGCCUAAAAUAUGCCCAUUGUUCUGUGAUUAUUACAACCCCCCUGGUGAAUGUGAGUGGCAUUACAAACCUUGUGGAGCUGACUGUAUGCAGACCUGCAGAAAUCCAACUGGGCAUUGCUCCAAUCAGAUACCAGCACUUGAAGGUUGCUAUCCUAAAUGCCCUCCCGAGCAGCCUAUUUUUGAUGAGGACAACAUGAAAUGUGUAAUGCAGGAAGAUUGUGGCUGCUUUGUGGGAAUGUUACAUUAUGAGACUGGCCAGCAGGUGCCAACCGCUGAGAACUGUCAGACAUGCACUACCAAGCCACCAAAGGAGGAGACGACUGGUCCAACAAGCCAACCAACAACUACAGCUACAACAACUUUUGAAGAGGAAACAUCUACACCAUCUCAACUGUCAACAUCUACAAGCUCAUCAGUGCCAAUGAAACAAACCUCAUUACCAGUUGUUACUUCAACACAACCAACAACGCUAACGACCACAACUAUGGUGCCAGUGACCACAGUUGUAUCAACAACAACUGGAGCUGUGUUAUCUACUGCAGCCGAGAUUACCACUGGGGGAGUUUCUUCAACAACAGAGCAACUCACAGCCGAAAUAACUCUUUCAACAACCACAGCAGCCAUCCCAUCCACUACUGUUCUUGUCGAGAAAGGAAGCACUACUGUGCCACCAUCUACAUUGACAUCAGCACCAAUUAGAGUCAUCACAACUACAGCAUCUUCUACCACUACUCAAACUACUGGAGUGCCAACCACAACUGAAACUGUAACGGAGAAUGAAAUAACCACAACUCAGACACCUUUAUCCACCACCAAACCACCAAAGGGGGUGACAACAGGUCCAACAAGCCCACCAACAACUACAGCCAAAACAACUUUUGAAGAGGAAACAUCUACACCAUUCCAAACAUCAGCAUCUGCAAGCUCAUCCGCGCCAAUGAAACAAACCUCAUUACCAGUCAUUACAUCCACACAACCAACAACAAUAACGACCACAACUACGGUGCCAAUGACCACAGUUGUAUCAACAACAACUGGAGCUGUGUCAUCUACUGCAACUGAGAUUACCACUGAGGGAGUUUCUUCAACAACAGAACAACUCACAGCUGAAACAACUCUUUCAACAACCACACCAGCCAUCCCAUCCACUACUGUUCUUGUCGAGGAAGGAAGCACUACUGUCCCACCAUCUACAUUGACAUCAGCACCAAUUAGAGUCAUCACAACUACUGCAUCUUCUACCACUACUCAAACUACUGGAAAACCAACCACAACUGAGACUGUAACUGAGAAUAAAAUAACUAGUACUCAAACACUUUUGUCCAGCACUACCAAGCCACCAAAGGUGGUGACGACUGGUCCAACAAGCCAACCAACAACUACAGCUACAACAGCUUUUGAAGAGGAAACAUCUACACCAUCUCAUUUGUCAAAAUCUACAAGCUCAUCUGUGCCAAUGAAACAAACCUCAUUACCAGUCAUUACAUCCACAAAACCAACAACGCUAACGAACACAACUACGGUGCCAGUGAACACAGUUGUAUUGACAACAACUGGAGCUAAGUCAUCUACUGAACCUGAGAUUACCACUGAGGGAGUUUCACCAACAACAGAACAACUAAAAACAGAAACAACUAUUUCAACCACCACACUAGCCAUCCCAUCCACUACUGUUCUUGUUGAGGCAGGAAGCACUACUGUCCCACCAUCUACAUUGACAUCAGCACCAAUUAGAGUCAUUACAACUACUGCAUCUUCUACCACUACUCAAACUACUGGAAAACCAACCACAACUGAAAUUGUAACUGAGAAUGAAAUAACCACAACUCAGACACCUUUAUCCACCACCACCAAGCCACCAAAGGGGGUCACAACAGGUCCAACAAGCCCACCAAAAACUACAGCCACAACCACUUUUGAAGAGGUAACAUCUACACCAUCUCAAACAUCAACAUCUUCAAGCUCAUCUGUGCCAAUGAAGCAAACCUCUUUACCAGUCGUUACAUCCACACAACCAACAACGCUAACGACCACAACUACGGUGCCAGUGACCGCAAUUGUAUCAACAACAACUGGAGCUAUGUCAUCUACUGAACCUGAGAUUACCACUGAGGGAUUUUCUUCAACAACAGAACAACUAAAAGCCGAAACAACUUUUUCAACCACCACACCAGCCAUCACAUCCACUACUGUUCUUGUCGAGGAAGGAAGCACUACUGCCCCACCAUCUACAUUGACAUCAGCACCAAUUAGAGUCAUCACAACUACUGCAUCUUCAACCACUACUCAAACUACUGGAGUACCAACCACAACUGAUACUGUAACUGAGAAUGAAAUAACCACAACUCAGACACCUUUAUCCACCACCACCAAGCCACCAAAGGGGGUCACAACAGGUCCAACAAGCCCACCAAAAACAACAGCCACAACAACUUUUGAAGAGAAAACAUCUACACCAUCUCAAACCUCAACAUCUGCAAGCUCAUCUGUGCCAAUGAUAAAAACCUCAUUACCAGUUGUUACAUCCACACAACCAACAACACUAACGACCACAAAUACUGUGCCAGUGACCACAGUUGUAUCGUCAACAACUGGAGCUAUGUCAUCUACUGAACCUGAGAUUACCACUGAGGGAGUUUCUUCAACAACAGAGCCACUCACAGCCGAAACAACUAUUUCAACCACUACAGCAGCUAUCCCAUCCACUACUGUCCUUGUCCAGGAAGGAAGCACUACUGUCCGAUCAUCUACAGAGACAUCAGCACCAAUUAGAGUCAUCACAACUACUGCAUCUUCUUCAACUACUCAAACUACAGGAGAACCAAUCACAACUGAGACUGUAACUGAGAAUGAAAUAACCACAACUCAGACACCUGUAUACACCACCACCAAGCCACCAAAGGUGGUGACAACAGGUCUAACAAGCCCACCAACAACUACAGCCACAACCACUUUUGAAGAGGUAACAUCUACACCAUCUCAAACAUCAAAAUCUGCAAGCACAUCUGUUCCAAUGAAACAAACGUCUUUACCAGUCAUUACAUCCACACAACCAACAACGCUAACGACCACAACUACAGUGCCAAUGACCACAGUUGUAUCGACAACAACUGGAGCUAAGUCAUCUUCUGAACCUGAGAUUACCACUGAGGGAGUUUCUUUAACAACGAAGCCACUCACAGCUGAAACAACUCUUUCAAUCACCACACCAGCCAUCCCAUCCACUACUGUUCUUGUCGAGGAAGGAAGCACUACUGUCCCACCAUCUACACUGACAUCAGCACCAAUUAGAGUCAUCACAACUACUGCAUCUUCUACCACUACUCAAACUACUGGAAAACCAACCACAACUGAGACUGUAACUGAGAAUGAAAUAACCACUUCUCAGACACUUUUGUCCAGCACUACCAAGCCACCAAAGGUGGUGACGACUGGUCCAACAAGCCAACCAACAACUACAGCCACAACCACUUUUGAAGAGGUAACAUCUACACCAUCUCAAACAUCAACAUCUGCAAGCACAAGUGUGCCAAUAAAACAAACCUCAUUACCAGUCAUUACAUCCACACAACCAACAACGCUAACGACCACAACUACGGUGCCAGUGACCACAGUUGUAUCAACAACAACUGGAGCUAUGUCAUCUACUGCACCUGAGAUUUCCACUGAGGGAGUUUCUUCAACAACAGAAAAACUAAAAGCCAAAACAACUCUUUCAACCACCACACCAGCAAUCCCAUCCACUACUGUUCUUAUCGAAGAAGAAAGCACUACUGUCCCACCAUCUACAUUGACAUCAGCACCAAUUAGAGUCAUCACAACUACUGCAUCUUCUACCACUACUCAAACUACUGGAGUACCAACCACAACUGAAACUGUAACUGAGAAUGAAAUAACCACUUCUCAGACACCUUUGUCCAGCACUACCAAGCCAACAAAUGUGGUGACGACUGGUUCAACAAGCCAACCAACAACUACAGCUACAACAGCUUUUGAAGAGGAAACAUCUACAACAUCUCAAUUGUCAACAUCUGCAAGCUCAUCUGUGCCAAUGAAACAAACCUCAUUACCAGUCAUUACAUCCACAAAACCAACAACGCUAACGACCACAAUUACGGUGCCAGUGACCGCAGUUGUAUCAACAACAACUGGAGCAGUGUCAUCUACUGCACCUGAGAUUACCACUGAGGGAGUUUCUUCAACAACAGAACAACUAAAAGCCGAAACAACUCUUUCAACCACCACACCAGCAAUCCCAUCCACUACUGUUCUUAUCGAAGAAGGAAGCACUACUGCCCCACCAUCUACAUUGACAUCAGCACCAAUUAGAGUCAUCACAACUACUGCAUCUUCAACCACUACUCAAACUACUGGAGUACCAACCACAACUGAGACUGUAACUGAGAAUGAAAUAACAACAACUCAGACACCUUUAUCCACCACCACCAUGCCACCAAAGGUGGUGACGACUGGUCCAACAAGCCAACCAACAACUACAGCCACAACCAUUUUUGAAGAGGUAACAUCUUCACCAUCUCAAACAUCAACAUCUGCAAGCUCAUCUGUGCCAAUAAAACAAACGUCUUUACCAGUCGUUACAUCCACACAACCAACAACGCUAACGACCACAACUACGGUGCCAGUGACCACAGUUGUAUCGUCAACAACUGGAGCUAUGUCAUCUACUGAACCUGAGAUUACCACUGAGGGAGUUUCUUCAACAACAGAGCCACUCACAGCCGAAACAACUAUUUCAACCACUACAGCAGCUAUCCCAUCCACUACUGUCCUUUUCCAGGAAGGAAGCACUACUGUCCGAUCAUCUACAGAGACAUCAGCACCAAUUAGAGUCAUCACAACUACUGCAUCUUCUACCACUACUCAAACUACAGGAGAACCAAUCACAACUGAGACUGUAACUGAGAAUGAAAUAACCACAACUCAGACACCUUUAUCCACCACCACCAAGCCACCAAAGGGGGUGACGACUGGUUCAACAAGCCAACCAACAACUACAGCUACAACAGCUUUUGAAGAGGUAACAUCUACAACAUCUCAAACAUCAACAUCUGCAAGCUCAAGUGUGCCAAUGAAACAAACCUCAUUAUCAGUCAUUACAUCCACAAAACCAACAACGCUAACGACCACAAUUACGGUGCCAGUGACCGCAGUUGUAUCAACAACAACUGGAGCGAUGUCAUCUACUGCACCUGAGAUUACCACUGAGGGAGUUUCUUCAACAACAGAAAAACUAAAAGCCGAAACAACUCUUUCAACCACCACACCAGCAAUCCCAUCCACUACUGUUCUUAUCGAAGAAGGAAGCACUACUGUCCCACCAUCUACAUUGACAUCAGCACCAAUUAGAGUCAUCACAACUACUGCAUCUUCAACCACUACUCAAACUACUGGAGUACCAACCACAACUGAAACUGUAACUGAGAAUGAAAUAACCACUUCUCAGACACCUUUGUCCAGCACUACCAAGCUACCAAAUGUGGUGACGACUGGUCCAACAAGCCAACCAACAACUACAGCUACAACAGCUUUUGAAGAGGAAACAUCUACAACAUCUCAAUUGUCAAAAUCUACAAGCUCAUCUGUGCCAUUGAAACAAACCUCAUUACCAGUCAAUACAUCCACUAAACCAACAACACAAACGACCACAACUACAGUGCCAAUGACCACAGUUGUAUCGACAACAACUGGAGCUAAGUCAUCUUCUGAACCUGAGAUUACCACUGAGGGAGUUUCUUUAACAACGAAGCCACUCACAGCUGAAACAACUCUUUCAACCACCACACCAGCCAUCCCAUCCACUACUGUUCUUGUCGAGGAAGGAAGCACUACUGUCCCACCAUCUACAUUGACAUCAGCACCAAUUAGAGUAAUCACAACUACUGCAUCUUCAACCACUACUCAAACUACUGGAAAACCAACCACAACUGAGACUGUAACUGAGAAUGAAAUAACCACUUCUCAGACACCUUUGUCCAGCACUACCAAGCCACCAAAGGUGGUGACGACUGGUCCAACAAGCCAACCAACAACUACAGCUUCAACCACUUUUGAAGAGGAAACAUCUACACCAUCUCAAACAUCAACAUCUGCAAGCUCAUCUGUGCCAAUGAAACAAACCUCAUUACCAGUUAUUACAUCCACAAAACCAACAACGCUAACGACCACAACUACGGUGCCAGUGACCACAGUUGUAUCGUCAACAACUGGAGCUAUGUCAUCUACUGAACCUGAGAUUACCACUGAGGGAGUUUCUUCAACAACAGAGCCACUCACAGCCGAAACAACUAUUUCAACCACUACAGCAGCUAUCCCAUCCACUACUGUCCUUGUCCAGGAAGGAAGCACUACUGUCCGAUCAUCUACAGAGACAUCAGCACCAAUUAGAGUCAUCACAACUACUGCAUCUUCUACCACUACUCAAACUACUGGAGUACCAACCACAACUGAGACUGUAACUGAGAAUGAAAUAACAACAACUCAGACACCUUUAUCCACCACCACCAUGCCACCAAAGGUGGUGACGACUGGUCCAACAAGCCAACCAACAACUACAGCCACAACCAUUUUUGAAGAGGUAACAUCUUCACCAUCUCAAACAUCAACAUCUGCAAGCUCAUCUGUGCCAAUAAAACAAACGUCUUUACCAGUCGUUACAUCCACACAACCAACAACGCUAACGACCACAACUACGGUGCCAGUGACCACAGUUGUAUCGUCAACAACUGGAGCUAUGUCAUCUACUGAACCUGAGAUUACCACUGAGGGAGUUUCUUCAACAACAGAGCCACUCACAGCCGAAACAACUAUUUCAACCACUACAGCAGCUAUCCCAUCCACUACUGUCCUUUUCCAGGAAGGAAGCACUACUGUCCGAUCAUCUACAGAGACAUCAGCACCAAUUAGAGUCAUCACAACUACUGCAUCUUCUACCACUACUCAAACUACAGGAGAACCAAUCACAACUGAGACUGUAACUGAGAAUGAAAUAACCACAACUCAGACACCUUUAUCCACCACCACCAAGCCACCAAAGGGGGUGACGACUGGUUCAACAAGCCAACCAACAACUACAGCUACAACAGCUUUUGAAGAGGUAACAUCUACAACAUCUCAAACAUCAACAUCUGCAAGCUCAAGUGUGCCAAUGAAACAAACCUCAUUAUCAGUCAUUACAUCCACAAAACCAACAACGCUAACGACCACAAUUACGGUGCCAGUGACCGCAGUUGUAUCAACAACAACUGGAGCGAUGUCAUCUACUGCACCUGAGAUUACCACUGAGGGAGUUUCUUCAACAACAGAAAAACUAAAAGCCGAAACAACUCUUUCAACCACCACACCAGCAAUCCCAUCCACUACUGUUCUUAUCGAAGAAGGAAGCACUACUGUCCCACCAUCUACAUUGACAUCAGCACCAAUUAGAGUCAUCACAACUACUGCAUCUUCAACCACUACUCAAACUACUGGAGUACCAACCACAACUGAAACUGUAACUGAGAAUGAAAUAACCACUUCUCAGACACCUUUGUCCAGCACUACCAAGCUACCAAAUGUGGUGACGACUGGUCCAACAAGCCAACCAACAACUACAGCUACAACAGCUUUUGAAGAGGAAACAUCUACAACAUCUCAAUUGUCAAAAUCUACAAGCUCAUCUGUGCCAUUGAAACAAACCUCAUUACCAGUCAAUACAUCCACUAAACCAACAACACAAACGACCACAACUACAGUGCCAAUGACCACAGUUGUAUCGACAACAACUGGAGCUAAGUCAUCUUCUGAACCUGAGAUUACCACUGAGGGAGUUUCUUUAACAACGAAGCCACUCACAGCUGAAACAACUCUUUCAACCACCACACCAGCCAUCCCAUCCACUACUGUUCUUGUCGAGGAAGGAAGCACUACUGUCCCACCAUCUACAUUGACAUCAGCACCAAUUAGAGUAAUCACAACUACUGCAUCUUCAACCACUACUCAAACUACUGGAAAACCAACCACAACUGAGACUGUAACUGAGAAUGAAAUAACCACUUCUCAGACACCUUUGUCCAGCACUACCAAGCCACCAAAGGUGGUGACGACUGGUCCAACAAGCCAACCAACAACUACAGCUUCAACCACUUUUGAAGAGGAAACAUCUACACCAUCUCAAACAUCAACAUCUGCAAGCUCAUCUGUGCCAAUGAAACAAACCUCAUUACCAGUUAUUACAUCCACAAAACCAACAACGCUAACGACCACAACUACGGUGCCAGUGACCACAGUUGUAUCGUCAACAACUGGAGCUAUGUCAUCUUCUGAACCUGAGAUUACCACUGAGGGAGUUUCUUCAACAACAGAGCCACUCACAGCCGAAACAACUAUUUCAACCACUACAGCAGCUAUCCCAUCCACUACUGUCCUUGUCCAGGAAGGAAGCACUACUGUCCGAUCAUCUACAGAGACAUCAGCACCAAUUAGAGUCAUCACAACUACUGCAUCUUCUACCACUACUCAAACUACAGGAGAACCAAUCACAACUGAGACUGUAACUGAGAAUGAAAUAACCACAACUCAGACACCUUUAUCCACCACCACCAAGCCACCAAAGGGGGUGACGACUGGUCCAACAAGCCAACCAACAACUACAGCUACAACAGCUUUUGAAGAGGUAACAUCUACAACAUCUCAAACAUCAACAUCUGCAAGCUCAAGUGUGCCAAUGAAACAAACCUCAUUACCAGUCAUUACAUCCACAAAACCAACAACGCUAACGACCACAAUUACGGUGCCAAUGACCGCAGUUGUAUCAACAACAACUGGAGCGAUGUCAUCUACUGCACCUGAGAUGACCACUGAGGGAGUUUCUUCAACAACAGAAAAACUAAAAGCCGAAACAACUCUUUCAACCACCACACCAGCAAUCCUAUCCACUACUGUUCUUGUCGAAGAAGGAAGCACUACUGUCCCACCAUCUACAUUGACAUCAGCACCAAUUAGAGUCAUCACAACUACUGCAUCUUCUACCACUACUCAAACUACUGGAGUACCAACCACAACUGAAACUGUAACUGAGAAUGAAAUAACCACUUCUCAGACACCUUUGUCCAGCACUACCAAGCUACCAAAUGUGGUGACGACUGGUCCAACAAGCCAACCAACAACUACAGCUACAACAGCUUUUGAAGAGGAAACAUCUACAGCACCUCAAUUGUCAAAAUCUACAAGCUCAUCUGUGCCAAUGAAACAAACCUCAUUACCAGUCAAUACAUCCACUAAACCAACAACACUAACGACCACAACUACAGUGCCAAUGACCACAGUUGUAUCGACAACAACUGGAGCUAAGUCAUCUUCUGAACCUGAGAUUACCACUGAGGGAGUUUCUUUAACAACGAAGCCACUCACAGCUGAAACAACUCUUUCAACCACCACACCAGCCAUCCCAUCCACUACUGUCCUUGUCCAGGAAGGAAGCACUACUGUCCGAUCAUCUACAGAGACAUCAGCACCAAUUAGAGUCAUCACAACUACUGCAUCUUCUACCACUACUCAAACUACAGGAGAACCAAUCACAACUGAGACUGUAACUGAGAAUGAAAUAACCACAACUCAGACACCUUUAUCCACCACCACCAAGCCACCAAAGGGGGUGACGACUGGUCCAACAAGCCAACCAACAACUACAGCUACAACAGCUUUUGAAGAGGUAACAUCUACAACAUCUCAAACAUCAACAUCUGCAAGCUCAAGUGUGCCAAUGAAACAAACCUCAUUACCAGUCAUUACAUCCACAAAACCAACAACGCUAACGACUACAAUUACGGUGCCAGUGACCGCAGUUGUAUCAACAACAACUGGAGCGAUGUCAUCUACUGCAGCUGAGAUUACCACUGAGGGAGUUUCUUCAACAACAGAAAAACUAAAAGCCGAAACAACUCUUUCAACCACCACACCAGCAAUCCCAUCCACUACUGUUCUUAUCGAAGAAGAAAGCACUACUGUCCCACCAUCUACAUUGACAUCAGCACCAAUUAGAGUCAUCACAACUACUGCAUCUUCAACCACUACUCAAACUACUGGAGUACCAACCACAACUGAAACUGUAACUGAGAAUGAAAUAACCACUUCUAAGACACCUUUGUCCAGCACUACCAAGCUACCAAAUGUGGUGACGACUGGUCCAACAAGCCAACCAACAACUACAGCUACAACAGCUUUUGAAGAGGUAACAUCUACAACAUCUCAAACAUCAACAUCUGCAAGCUCAAGUGUGCCAAUGAAACAAACCUCAUUACCAGUCAAUACAUCCACUAAACCAACAACACUAACGACCACAACUACGGUGCCAAUGACCACAGUUGUAUUGACAACAACUGGAUCUGAGUCAUCGACUUCUCCCAAGGUUACCACUGAAGUAUUUUCUUCAACAACAGAGCCACUCACAGCAGAAACAACUCUUUCAACCACAACACCAGGCAUCCCAUCUACUACUAUCCUUGUGGAGGAAGGAAGCACUACUGUCCGACUGUCUACAAUGACAUCAGCACCAUUAAGAGUCAUCACAUCUACUGCAUCAUCUACCACUACUCAAACUACUGGAGAACCAACCACAACUGAAACUGUAACUGAGAAUGAAAUAACCACAUCUCAGACACCUUUGUCCUCCACUACAAGGCCGCCAAAGGUGGUGACAACUGGCCCAACAAGCACACCAACAACUACAGCUACAACCACUUUUGAAGAGGAAACAUCUACACCAUCUCAAACAUCAACAUCUGCAAGCUCAUCUGUGCCAAUGAAACAAACCUCAUUACCAGUCAUUACAUCCACAAAACCAACAACGUUAACGACCACAAUUACGGUGCCAGUGACCACAGUUGUAUCAACAACAACUGGUGCUGUGUCAUCUACUGAACCUGAGAUUAACACUGAGGGUGUUUCUUCAACAACAGAACAACUAAAAGCCGAAACAACUCUUUCAACCACCACACCAGCCUUCACAUCCACUACUGUUCAUGUCGAGGAAGGAAGCACUACUGCCCCACCAUCUACACUGACAUCAGCACCAAUUAGAAUCAUCACAACUACUGCAUCUUCUACCACUACUCAAACUACUGGAAAACCAACCACAACUGAGACUAUAACUGAGAAUGAAAUAACCACAACUCAGACACCUUUAUCCACCACCACCAAGCCACCAAAUGGGGUGACAACAGGUCUAACAAGCCCACCAACAACUACAGCCACAACCACUUUUGAAGAGGUAACAUCUACACCAUCUCAAACAUCAAAAUCUGCAAGCACAUCUGUUCCAAUGAAACAAACGUCUUUACCAGUCGUUACAUCCACACAACCAACAAUUUUAACGACCACAACUACAGUGCCAAUGACCACAGUUGUAUCGACAACAACUGGAGCUAAGUCAUCUACUGGACCUGAGAUUACCACAGAGGGAGUUUCUUCAACAACAGAGCCACUCACAGCCGAAACAACUAUUUCAACCACCACACCAGCAAUCUCAUCCACUACUGUUCUUAUCGAAGAAGGAAGCACUACUGUCCCACCAUCUACAUUAACAUCAGCACCAAUUAGAGUCAUCACAACUACUGCAUCUUCAACCACUACUCAAACUACUGGAGUACCAACCACAACUGAAACUGUAACUGAGAAUGAAAUAACCACAACUCAGACACCUUUAUCCACCACCACCAAGCCACCAAAGGGGGUCACAACAGGUCCAGCAAGCCCACCAAAAACAACAGCCACAACAACUUUUGAAGAGAAAACAUCUACACCAUCUCAAACCUCAACAUCUGCAAGCUCAUCUGUGCCAAUGAAACAAACCUCAUUACCAGUUGUUACAUCCACACAACCAACAACGCUAACGAAAACAACUACGGUGCCAAUGACCACAGUUGUAUUGACAACAACUGGAUCUGAGUCAUCGACUUCUCCCAAGGUUACCACUGAAGUAUUUUCUUCAACAACAGAGCCACUCACAGCAGAAACAACUCUUUCAACCACAACACCAGGCAUCCCAUCUACUACUAUCCUUGUUGAGGAAGGAAGCACUACUGUCCGACUGUCUACAAUGACAUCAGCACCAUUAAGAGUCGUCACAUCUACUGCAUCAUCUACCACUACUCAUACUGCUGGAGUUCCAACCACAACUGAAACUGUAACUGAGAAUGAAAUAACCACAUCUCAGACACCUUUGUCCACCACUACCAAGAUGCCAAAUGUGGUGACGACUGGUCCAACAAGCCUACCAACAUCUACAGCCACAACAACUUUUGAAGAGGAAACAUCUACACCAUCUCAGACUUCAACUUCUGCAAGCUCAUCCGUGCCAAUGAAACAAACCUCAUUUCCAGUCCUUAUAUCCAAACAACCAACAACAGUAACGACCACAACUAUGGUACCAAUGACCACAGUUAUCUUGACAACAAGUCACGCUGAGUCAUCCACUGCACCUGAGAUUACCACUGAGGGAGUUUCUUCAACAACAGAGCCGCUCACAGCCAAAACAACUCUUUUAACCACCUCAACAGCCAUCCCAUCCACUACUGUCCUUGUCAAGGAGCAGAGUACUACUCUACUUCACAACAAUACUACAUCUUUUGAGACAUCAACAACAAUGUACAGAUCAUCCAUGUCACAAUUUACAGAAACUUUUUCAACUGUCUCCAGUACCACUUCCAGUGUUUUCCACCCAUCCACAUCCAUGGGGAGCUCAGUCACACCCAUUACACAAACGUUGCCUUUUUUCACUGGUGUACUUCCAGUGACUACAGAAUCUCCUAUAUUCUCAUCCACUUCUAGUGUUUGCUGUUUAGUGAAUGCCACACAUUUUCAACCAGGUGAUAUCAUUUAUAAUGUGACUGAUGGCUUUGGCUGGUGCUUUACGGCAUACUGUAAUGUAACUUGCAGUAUUGUUAAGACAUCAACAUCUUGCCUACCUACUUCAUCACCAACUACCCCCUCUGAAAUAACAACAAUCAACAAUUCCCUAGGCACAAAACAACCUGCUACAUUCAUGUCCACAACCACUACAACCUCAGAAGAACCAAAUACAACAUUUGUGCCUAAUUGUGAUGCUCUUGACCCACCAAGACAGAAUGGUGAAUUCUGGGAGAUAGAUAACUGCACAACAGCAACCUGUGUGAACGGCAUUGUUGUAUACAAACCAUAUGAGUGUGAGCCAGUUCAGCUUCCCAACUGUGAAAAUGGUCGUGCCCCAGUUAAAGUCUAUGAUUCCACUGGCUGCUGUUUCACCUAUGAAUGUGAAUGCUCUUGUAAUGGAUGGGGUGGCAACCAUUAUGUGACAUUUGAUGGACAAGAUUAUGUAUUUGAGAACAACUGCUCAUACAUAUUAUUUCAGGAAGCAGUACCGACUCAAAAUCUAAUGAUUGUGCAUGAUAAGCAGUAUUGCAGUGCUGGAGGUUCUUUCUGUUCACAGGCCUUAAUAAUAAAGUACAAAUUACAGGAGAUUAUUUUAACCCAGACACUUACAUCUGAUGUUGUCAACAAAGUGGUGAUGAUCGACCAGAAACAAGUCUACCCAGCUUUCAAAAAUGGUGACCUGGUUAUUACCAGCACUGGUGUCGAAGUGAUGUUGGAUAUUCCAGAAAUUCAGGCUCAGGUUACCUAUACAGGGACAACAUUUGCUAUUAAAUUGCCUUUUUCGGUCUUCCAGAAAAACACAGAGGGCCUGUGUGGUACCUGUGAUAACAUCAAAGAGAAUGACUGCAGCUCUCCUUCUGGUGAUGUUAAGUCUUGCCUUGAAACAGCCUUUGAUUGGCAGCUUCCCAAUGAGGACUGUAUUCUGCCCACCCCUACUCCAUCAACUACCACCAUGCAUCCUAAUAGCACUCAGAGCACUUGCAAGCCAUCUAUUUGUGAGCUCAUCUAUAGCAGGGAAUUUGAGGAAUGCCGCAAGAUAAUCUCUCCUGAGGUCUACGUCGAGGGUUGUAGAUUUGAUAUUUGCACCACAAUGGUUUCUGGCUGUUCCAGUUUACAAGCCUACGCUUCUGCCUGUGCCAAGGAAGGCAUUUGUGUGGAUUGGAGAAGAUAUGCAAAUGGAGAAUGUGAGAUAACAUGUCCUGCCUCUAAAGUCUACAAGCCUUGCGGUCCAGCAGUGGAACAAACCUGCAAUGCUCAGUACAAUGAUAAGUAUUCGAAAGAGAUGUCCAGCACCAGCAUGAGUGAGGGAUGCUUCUGCGAGGCAGGAUCUAUUUUGUACAGUUCCUAUUCAGAUGUCUGCGUCCUCUCUUGUGCUUGCACUGGCCCUGACGGCAACCCGAAAAUGCCCAAUGACACUUGGAAGAGUGGAUGUGAAAUGUGUGAGUGUGAUGGGGAGACACUCAGUGUCCGUUGCCAGCCUGUAACCUGUCCUGCUAUGCAACCGGUUACUUGUAAUGAGCCUGGACAAGUUCUUGUCAGCACAACAGUGGACUGCUGUGAGAGCUAUGAAUGCAAUUGCGAUAUGAGUCUGUGCCCUCUUGCUGCAAUCCAGUGUCCGCUUGGCUUUACACCAUCCUUCAAUUUUACUUCAGAGAGCUGCUGUCCAGAGUACGGCUGCACACCCAUGGAAGUCUGUGUCUAUAAUAACACUGUGUAUCAGCCUGGCUCACCUAUGCCAAGUAAUCAUCCUUGUGUGAUGUGUAACUGUGGUUGGAGCGUUGAUCCUGACACAAUGCUGUUUGCUCCAGAGUGUGUGAUUGCUGACUGCUACACUGACUGUCCAGAGGGUGAAGAAUACCAAGUUCUUCCUGGUCAGUGCUGUGGACAGUGUGUGAGCACUAAUUGUGUGGUUGUGCACGAUAACGUCCCACACACAAUCUUGGUUAACCAAACAUGGCAGCCAAGCAGUGACCGAUGUGUGAAAUACAAGUGUGAACUAAUUAAUGGUAACCCAACGACAGUUGAGACCAUGUCCACUUGUCCUCCAUUCAACCCUAAAGACUGUAUUCCUGGAACAGAAACAAUGGAUGCAGAUGGCUGCUGUCCAACAUGUAUAAAGGACAACAGAUGUAAUGUCCAGAGAAACACCACUUUCUUGGUUAGCAAAGGCUGUACAAGCACCACACCUGUGGAAAUAACCUCUUGCUCAGGCAUAUGUGGUACCUCCUCCAUAUACUCUGCAGAGGCGAAUGCUCUUGUGCACUCUUGCUCUUGCUGUCAGGAAAUGACAACCAGUAAGAAGGAAGUGACUCUGACUUGCCCCGAUGGGUCAAACAUCAACCACUCCUUUAUUUACAUUGAGUCUUGUGGCUGCAAGGUCACUGAUUGCCCUGGUCAAACCUUACAGCAACGCCGCAGGAGAGUGUGAACUUUGACCCCGUACAGUAGAGCCAUUUCUUAAGGACCUCAUGGUGUUGCUCAUUAAACACUAUAUUAUAUUCUUAAUUUAACCUAGCUUUGAUCAUAAAAAUGAAAGGAACCUGAAUGUGUCAACAUAAUGUAUACCUAAAAAAAUGAGCUCUAUCUGUUUGUGUUAUUAUUGUGUAUCUGUACAUUUUACAGCUUUUAAAGGUUUUUGACAAUUAUCUCAAUGAUGUCAUGACAACGACAGCUCUUUUGUUUCUUGUCUAGUAGUUCUCAAUAAACUAAUGCAA